AUGGAUUACCAAGGGCGCGUCAGGCAACCCUGGUUGGAAGCUGCGGUGCGCCGGCAAGGCGUGACAGGGACCAAGGGGCUUCAGAAGAGCGAUGCAUCAUCCAGUGAGGGAGAUGAUUGGGAGGCCAUUGCCCAGCCGCCUCCUUACCCCUUCCCACAUGGGAACGUGGAACUCAACAUUGAUGCACCCGGAAGGGACAAUGGUGAGGACGAAGGGCCUCACGGCGCAAGGAAGGGGCCACUGACGAGGGAGGAGAAGAUGAUGCAUGCCUGGCUGAAAUACUACAAGAGCGUGGCAAACAAGGAGAAGGCCCAGCUGCAACGGGAGCUGCACAGGGCAAACCUGCUGUGCCUGCUCGCGCAUGGGAUUUUGCUGGACCAGGCUGCCAAUGAGCCCCUUGUGCAGGCAUGUGAUCAGGGCUUGGCGUUGUCUUUGGCGCUGGCAGACCAUGAUGUCGUGCCAGAUGUGCAUGCCAAAAAGGGCAUCAGAUCCAGCAGCCUGGUGCCUGUCACAACCUGGUUCAAUGGCGCCUUCCGCCAGCUCUCUGCAGAUGAAGCUGCCCAGAAGGGAGAUGAAGGGCAGGCAGGUGGGGUGGAUGCAGCUGCUGAGAGGCUGCAGCAGGUGGCGACACAGAAAGAGGGCAGCGGCGAGGAACUCGUAGCCCUUUUUGUGGCCAUCAUGCGCUCUGUUGGCCUGCUGGCUCGCACUGUCAGAGCGCUGGACGUGCUGCCGCUGAAGCCCAGCAGGAGCGAAGGCAGGGGGCGCGGCCGGGCCGGCGGCCAGCCGUCACAACACAAGCCGGCAUCUGCAAAGCCCGCGAGCGCUCCGAGGGCGCCCAGGGAAAGCCGAUCACCAAAGCGACAAAGACCUGCCGCCCCCAGCGAGGACACUGCAGAUGUGGACGAGCAGGCAGCACAGGCUCAGGACAGCAGGCGGGGCGGCAGGGAAGUAGACAAUGGAGAAGGGGAUGUGUCUGGGAAGGGCCGUGGAGUCAUUAGGGGCAGAGGUGGCAGGAGAGGCGGGAAAGGCAGGGGGCAAGGCAGGGGCCGAAGCCGAGGCAGUCUUGAGGAGGACGCUGUGGUCCUCUUGUUGGAUGAUGACCCUGUAAAGCAGGAGGCAAUGGAGCGGACGUUGUCUGAGCAGCAGAGGAAGCGGAAGGGUGACAUGGAGUAUGAGAACCAGCUCGCGAUGGCCUUGCAGGCCUCUCUUGCAGGUGCUGGAGAAGCGGCACCGUCGUCUGCAGACGUGAAGACGGGCGCAAUACCGGCCACUGCUGCCGGCAAGGCUGUCAGUGCCAAGGCCAUGGCAGCCGCGCAGCGGAAGGCUGCCGCAGCAAGCAGCUCCGUGCAGAAGGCUGAGCCCAAAGCCACCUCACCAGCCCAGGGGCGGCUGGCGGGGUCGAUGUGGGCGCGGUCGCGGCGGGGCCUGGACGGCCGCUGCUGGGCCGAGGUGUACUGCGGAUCGGCGGAGUCCGGCAGCUGGGUGCAUGUGGACCCCCUGACUGGCAUGGUCGACAGGGCACAAGAUGUGGAGAAGGGCUGCAUAAGGGAUGCACCCAUGGCGUACGUCGUGGCGUUCUCAGGCAACAGCGCCAAGGAUGUCACGCAAAGGUAUGUGAAGAGCUUCAGGGCAGUCCAGAAGCUGCGCGACGAGGAGUGGUGGCAGCAGACGCUGCAGCCUCUUCGGCCGCAGACGGCCAUUCUAGCUCCAAAGGCAGCCUCCCUUCCAUCCAGCAGCACUACCCAGCCUGUCAUUGGCGGCCCCAAGGGGAAGCAGCGGGCGGUGGAUUUGGUGGCGGCGCGGGAGGAUGCGGAGUUGCAGCAGAAAUUCUCAUCCGAGCUGCAGGACAUCCCCAACACCAUCCCAGCCUUCAAGAGCCACCCACGUUACGUGCUGGAGCGCCACAUAGGCCGCUACCAGGCGCUGAAGCCGGGCACCUCCAAGCUGGGCCUGCACCGCGGCGAGCCCUUCUACCCGCGCGACUCCCUGCAAGACCUCCACACAGUUGAUAUAUGGCAGCGCAAGGGGCGCCAUGUCAUCGACGCUGAGCUGGACAAGCCUGCAAAAACGGUCAGCCGCCGCGGCACCAAGGACGAUCCCAAGGCUGCCACCACACCAGAGGAGCUUGCAGAGGCGUUCCAGGAUGACGAGGAUGAUCUUUUCAAGCCGAUGUCGCCCAAGGCGCCGGCUUCCAGCGAGACAAAGCUGUACGGCCACUGGCAGACGGUGGAGUGGAUCCCUCCCCAGGCCAAGGACGGUGUCGUGCCCAAGAACGAGCGCGGCAAUGUCCUCUGCCCACCCCUCGCCCACGCCCUGCCCCUGGGGACGGUGCACCUGUCGGACAUGCCGCGGGUGUCGCUGGUGUGCAAGGCGCUGGAGGUUGACUACGCGGUCGCGAUGACCGGCUUUGAGACGCGCGGCGGUCAGAGCGUGCCGGUCUUUGACGGCGUUGUCGUCUGCGAGGAGCACGCGGACGCAGUCAGGGACAAGUACUGGGCCGCCGAGAGGGAGAGGCAGGAGAAGGCCGAGAACAAGGCGCGAGCCACGGCAGAGGCCAACUGGCGGAACCUGCUGCGAUCCAUUUUCACACGCAUAAAGGUGCAGGGCGACUACGCUGACGAGCCCGACACUGCCAGUGGAGAGGCCAUUGACGAGGACGACAUUGCAGAUGAAGCUGGCGGCAGCCAGGAGGAGCCCAUUGUGCUGGACAUCUCGGGCGGAGAGCAGCCGGCCGCCGAGCGACCGCCGCCGCCCAAGUCCGGCGCGGCAGCCGCCGCAGCCGUGGCAGCCGCAAAGGCCGACGUUGCGGCGCGAGAGGUCGCGAGACGCACCUGGAAGGACCCUCUUGCUGCAGCCAGAGAGCAGGGACGAUCCACCAGUGCAGCUAGCACGUCGGGGGCUACCGGUGUGAAUGGAGAUGCUGCCAGUGGGGAGGGAGUGGCAGAAGGCAAAAUUGGGGAUGUGCCGGCUGGAGUCAAGGAGGAAGCAGGCGCCGGGGGAGCAGGGAGAGGGGAGAAAGAUGGGGGUGCAGGGCUGGCGAAUGGAAACGGGGCAAUGAAGCGGAAGCGCACGCGCAGCGGGAUGGUGGUGGACUUCGAGGAUAUCUGA